CGGGCCUGGCUUGGCUGGGUUGGAUUAAGUUGAGUUGAGUUGAGUGGGAGGCGGGAUGGAGACUUAGAGCCGGGGCCCCGCUCUCGAAUCGCUCAAUAAACCGGAUCAGAGGCUGAAACUGGUGACUAACGAGAUCAGAUAGCCAAGAGUUUUUGAUCGACAGGAUGAACACGGAGAAGGACUUUGCUCCUCUCACCUCCAACAUUGUGCGGGCUCUCAAUGAUAAGCUGUAUGAGAAGAGAAAAGUGGCCGCCCUGGAGAUUGAGAAGUUGGUGCGAGAGUUUGUAGCACAGAAUAACAUUGGGCAGAUCAAACACGUGAUCCAAAUCCUGUCCCAGGAAUUUGCACUGUCACAACAUCCUCACAGCCGUAAAGGUGGCCUCAUCGGUCUUGCAGCCUGCUCCAUUGCUCUUGGCAAGGAUUCUGGUUUGUAUCUGAAGGAACUCAUUGAACCAGUUUUGACCUGUUUCAACGAUGCUGAUAGUCGAUUGCGUUACUAUGCCUGCGAGGCACUGUACAACAUUGUGAAGGUGGCCAGGGGCUCAGUCCUUCCCCACUUCAAUGUACUGUUCAACGGUCUCAGUAAGUUGGCUGCAGAUCCAGAUCCCAAUGUUAAAAGUGGCUCUGAAUUGCUGGACCGGUUAUUAAAGGACAUUGUUACAGAAAGUUCCAAAUUUGACCUUGUGGCCUUUGUCCCUCUCUUGAGAGAGCGAAUUUAUUCCAACAAUCAGUAUGCAAGGCAAUUCAUCAUCUCCUGGAUCCUGGUAUUGGAAUGUGUUCCUGAUAUUAACCUGCUAGAUUACCUGCCAGAAAUCCUGGAUGGGCUCUUUCAGAUCCUCGGCGACAACAGUAGAGAGAUCCGUAAAAUGUGCGAGACUGUCCUUGUUGAGUUUCUAAAGGAGAUCAAGAAAAACCCUUCAAGUGUGAAAUUUGCUGAAAUGGCCAACAUCUUGGUCAUCCACUGCCAGGCCUCUGAUGAUUUGAUUCAGCUGACUGCAAUGACGUGGAUGAGGGAGUUCAUUCAGUUAGCUGGCCGUGUGAUGCUGCCCUAUUCUUCAGGAAUCCUGACAGCUGUCCUGCCCUGCCUCUCCUAUGAUGACAGGAAGAAGGGUAUUAAGGAGGUAGCAAAUGUGUGUAACCAGACUCUAAUGAAGCUGAUCAUGCCUGAAGAUGACGGUGACAAUAUCCGACAGAUAACACUACAGCAGCUAGAUGGCACUGCCAACGAGUCCUUCUCGAGCCGCAAGAAUUCCUCUGACCAGUCGAACAUGUCCCAGGACUUGAACACCAGCAACAACACUGGCGUGUGUGUCACGAUAGACCGUUCUCAGGAGGCUCUUGACUUAGACGGAAUCGUGCUGGUGCUUGAUCGGCAUCUUCAUGACACGGUUACAGGGAUGAUGACGAGAAUUGCCGUCUUAAAGUGGUUGUAUCACCUCUAUAUCAAAACUCCCAGGAAGAUGUUCCGCCACACAGACAGCCUCUUUCCCAUGUUGCUGAAGACACUUUCUGAUGAGUCAGAUGAGGUGAUAUUGAAAGACUUGGAGGUGCUGGCAGAAAUUGCUUCCUCUCCAGCAGGGCAGACAGAAGGACAGGAUUCGUCUGAGAGCAUCAGCACCCAAAGUAGCCAAUCGGAGCUACACAUUCCUUUUUCUUCCUCGACACCAUUGAGCUCUUCCAGGCCUCGAACAUUGGAAUGUUCCCCCUCGACUCCCACCAUGAACUCCUAUUUCUUCAAGUUUAUGAUCAACUUGCUGAAGCAAUUCAACAACGAGAAGCGUCUGCUGGAAAUACGGGGGGCCUUCAUCAUCCGGCAGCUGUGCCUCCUGUUAAAUGCCGAGAACAUCUUUCAUUCCAUGGCUGAAAUCCUCCUUCGGGAAGAAGACCUCAAGUUUGCUUCCACCAUGGUCCAAACUCUCAACUCCAUUCUCUUAACGUCAACAGAACUCUUCCAGCUACGGAACCAGCUGAAGGAUCUGCGUACAAUGGAAAGCUGCAAUCUGUUCUGUGGCUUGUAUCGUUCCUGGUGCCACAAUCCUGUCGCCACGGUCUCUCUCUGCUUCCUCACACAGAACUACAAACAUGCCUAUGAUCUCAUUCAGAAGUUUGGGGACCUUGAGGUAACGAUUGAUUUCCUGACCGAGGUGGACAAGCUGGUGCAGCUGAUCGAGUGUCCAAUCUUCACGUACCUGAGGUUGCAGCUCCUUGACGUUGAGAACAAUCCCUACCUGAUCAAAGCCCUGUACGGACUCCUCAUGCUGUUGCCCCAGAGCAAAGCAUUCCAGCUCCUCUCGCAUCGACUGCAGUGUGUACCCAACCCAGAACUUAUGCGAACCACGCCCAGUGAGAAGCCCACAACCCCCAACAGGCAAGUCCCUUCAGAAAUUGACUACAGUGAACUGCUGCAGCACUUUGAGAAGGUACAAAACAAACACCUGGAAAUCAGGCACCAGCGGGCAGGCCGCAAUGAUCAGCUGGAGAGGAAACACCCACGUGAAACAGAGCCAACUUAUUGUGUGUGACGGGCCAUCUGUCAAAGGACAUUGUACGCUCAACUGUCGAAUUGCCAGCUGUGGGACUGACUGAACCAUGGAGCCUUUUUGUUGGGCUGCCCCACAGCCUUUGCAAUGCAGAGUCCUUUACCACUACUUAUACUCUCAGUACGUGGGUUGGGCAAUAUUCCUGUGUUAAUUGUGUAGAAUUUAUAGGUCUGUGAGAACCUCAAAGUGGAGUAGUGAUCAUUGUUCCCCAACAUUCCCCCUCAUUUCUCUUUGCACUGAUCAUUGUUCUGUAAUGCCCCCCUUCAUUCCUCCCACAUGGUAUUGCCUUUGCACUGAUCAUUGUUCCCCAAUGCUCCCCUUCAAUGUCCCCAAAAAAGUCUUCGCACUAUCACUGCUUACCCAGGUAAUGAGCCACAUACAAUAAUUUCUCUAGUCCAGAGAUGUUUCAUUUUUUGCUUUUGUACCAAUCCUUACCUGAAUUUCCAUAAAAUACACCCUCACCACCUCUCUUCCACAAUGGAGAUCAAAUUCUGUUCAUUUCAAACCAAUCUUCGUUUCACAGCAAUGGAAAUUAUCCCAGUCAACAGCAAUUUGGGAAGUUCUCUAGCAGCCAUAAUUUACAAUUUUGUUAUUUGAACUCAGUCAAUGUGAGUAGGUUCUUUGUCCCCUUUUUAAUCGCACUGUCACACAACACUUUAAAAGCCCAGUCAAUAGCUUCAUGAGCAGAGAGUCAAUAUGGACUUAGCUCUUGUCAAAUGGCUUUCUUAAGGGCACAAGGCUGACUGCUGUGGGCAAUACAGAAAAAGUCUCACUGCUUCUGUAGGAGCUGCUCUUCUCGGGUUAAAGCUGGGGCACAUUGCAAUGAGAGUAGCGGAAGCUUUAUCUACAUUUUGCAGUGAUAUACUUGACUUAGUGUUGUUUCUUGCUAAUGAUGCUGGUAAUGGGCAACACUAGCAUCCCGCACACUGGUGAACAUCAAGAUCACACUGGUGCAUUCUUACAGGAAGUGAUGGAGCAAAUUAUUGUCAAUAGAAUUUAAAUCAGAUAUAUCUCAUUAAAGAGAGCAGCGAAAGGUAUUCUCUGGUCACACUUACCUUGAUUGAAGGUUGUUCAUUAAUAUCCAAAAAGUGUCAUGAUGUUGAAUUGAAGUCAUCCACCGGUUGUAUAAAUGGUGAAAGAUUUGCUAAAAACCUACUAUAAAAUCAGGUGCACCAGUUGCUAUUUUGGUAUACACCAGUGUGAUUUGUGAGGCUCAGCUGUGCCACAAUUUGAAGGACCUGAAUAGAAGAUAGGACAAUACCAAAAAAGACUGAAUCCUAAAAACCUUCAAAAUGCAAUCAAGAAAUGGAAUAGUAAUGUUCGCCACAUGUAGGGAUGGGCUACACAUUUUGCCUUGCAAUUAAAGUUCCCGUCUUGGUGACCUGCUUUCCAAAAUUGACAAUGUCAAAUUCUUUUUAUUCACAAGACUGCCGAAAGCAACUACAAUGCACCAAGCUCUUUGUUUUAAACUUUCAUGGCACUCAGGUGAGGGGUGGGGCAGUGAGGGAAAUGUUGGGGAUUGAAAUUUUUGCACUAUGAUAAAUCAUGUCAGCCCUGCUACUGAUCCUUGGGCUUUGUUAUUUUGCUGAAACUUUCAUUAGCCCCUCGUUGCUGCCUAUUCUUUGAUCUAUUAUUGCUGCCUAUUUAUGUCAACAUUGGGUCAUGCAAUAAUUAGAUGUGCCAGUCAGCCACACAAAUCUGAAAAACUUGUUUUACUGUCUUUGUUCAAAGUUUCUUAUUUAAAUGGAAGAAACAUUGAUAUUGUUGCAUGAGCCAAUACGAUGGAGGGUGGGUGGGACUUGUGGGUUCUAAUUUACUCAAACUACAGCAAACAGUCUCUGACCUUGUGGCCAAAACUGGAGCAGUCUGUUUACUAAUAAACAAUGGCAAGCAGUCUCACCCCGAGUACAGCAGGAUUAUUUCUCCAGAAUGCAGUUAGUGGAGGAGAGUUAUACAAUACAAAUUGUGUGUGUGUAACAUCAAUCCCAGUCACAGCACUACGGGUUCCAAGUGUGAUUGGCAGGAGAAUUAUCCAGUCAGCUCUGUUCUGGCAGGGAAUAGUGGUCUCACUAUAUUCAGCCUUUUUCAGUUUUAAAAUGGUGGGUGUGAACAGACCUCAUCAGACUGGGAGGGAGCAGGAGGAACGUUCUCCUCAACCUGACCCAUUGAAGGAGUCAUAUUAUCAGUAGCUGCUUCAAACAUGAUCAACACUCACUGUUUCAUUCAAAAGAUUCUAAAUUCAAGCAUAAGUUUUUUUUAAAAAAUUUGUAAUUUUUUUAACAGAGUAGCCCUUACUAAAACUUAUGCCUUUUAAGCUCUGCCCUUUCCAGUUUAGAGACUGACUUCAUUGUUAGAUAAUUUCUCUGAGACAGAGAAAUAUUAAAACCCAUUUAACCGUCUCCCAUGAAAUAAAAUUGAAAUCCACCAGUCUUGUACAAAGUUUUUAAACUCACCAGGUUGGGAUCCCAUUUCCGUCAUCAGAAUCAGUUGCUUUAGUUAGAUAUGGCUGUAAUUUUAUGGUUGUGGUUGAUCUGUAAGCCACUGCAUGUUGGACAUCGGACCUGCUAGUCAAUGCACCCCUGCCCUUCUCGGACACCAGCCCAUGCCACCCUUGCACAGCUGGCACCCACUGAAGCGUCUCCAUAUCUCCAAAUUUGUGUUCAAAAACUGAAUAAUUACACAAUUCACUUUUUAAAAGAAUAAUAUAAUUCACUAAAGUUGAUUGCCCCAGCAUCAUACAGCUUUCUCUUCCUCUCCCCCUCCUCCUCUUCCUAUUUCUUCCCAGCUUUCCCCUCUCCCCCACCCCCAUGUGUAAAUCAUGGCUUAUAUUAGUUAUGUUUGGGAAUUAAGGUAGAAGCAUCCCAAGCUGAAGCUAAUGAAUUUAUCUGUGUCCAGGUUCCACUCAGCUCAUGCUACUGAUAAGAUUCCUGUAGCUUUUUUUGUGGGGGAAGAGAAACAGAAAUUAGAAUUAAUCUUUUAUAUCUAUGAUAAUGUAUUUAAAUCAAUUUUAAACGAGCAUAGUGCCCACACACAAUGGAUUGUUUAUGGGUGCUCUUUUUGUCCAGCAUAUCAUCAGAAUUUACACAGAGGAAACACAUCAGUGGUUUAAUUCCAUAUAUUGAUGACACACAUUGUGGUAAAAAUUGCACUUAAUACAUUUUAAUGUUGUGAGAUAUUCAGUUUAUCUGAAAUCACACUGCUCCCACCUCCAUGGACAGACCUGUACCCAUCAUUACCUCACCUGCAGUGUUAUACAGUGACCGAUCUGUACUGUACCUCAGUUACACAGUGGCAGGCCAUGCUGGAUCCAAGGUGAUGCAAUGUCCAACACAGUCCAGGUUUGGAAGAGAGAUCUGGUUGUACUGCUGUGUAGUUUUCACAGCUCAAAUGUGAACAUUCAACACAUUUCCUGUAACAUAUUAUCACAUUAUUGCUUAUAAUUUGAAAGAUGUUUCAUAUCCUUUUUUAAGAUUUAGAUUUUGGUCAUCCUUUUUCUCAGUCAGAUGGGUGAUUUUAGAUUUUUAGCAAUGUUUUUUCACAUAGACACAGAAAUGUACAAUGACAUCUACUAGCUUUAACCUGCAUCUCUCGAAAAUGAGCAGUGGGUGCACAUUGUGCUCUGUAUAAUGAUGCUGAGUGCCCCAAGUGCACCAUGCCGAGCUGUUUGAUCCCCAGGGCAGCCUUUAUCUUUGACAUUUUUUGGCUAACUUGUAUUAUUUUAUUCGGAUUUCCUGGAAUCCAGUCCUAAUCAGUGAUUCGGCUGUGCAGUUCUGGCGCGGCUGGGGAGGUAGUUAACUGGAUGUUGUUUACUACAAUGUGUGAGUAAAGAAAUAAAAGGCUGUGUGCA